AUGAGGGAGACUGGAAGAGAAAGUGUAGAAAGUGGCGGGAUUUUGCUUUCUCUAGAAACAAUUUUAUUGGCUCUCCUUUUUUGCUCUCCCAUUGGAGAAAUGUUACUUCGUCUUCUCGGACCUCUACUUCUCCGUCGGAGGCUAAUUCCAAAUGCUUGUGUUGUUCCCUUGGGUGAACCAUACAAAAAAGGAGGAUUGAUGGUUGCACACUCAGAUCCAUGGGACAAUCGACUGAGGCUCGAACUCGGACCUAUCGACCCAGCAGAUCCUCAAAUUCACAAACACACUGCCUAUCCAUUAGAAGGAACAAAUAAACUUGAAAAUGAUUCAAAGCCUUAAUUUUUGAGAAUUUUAAAAAACAUAUUUUUAG